GUACGUGCGUUCGUGCGUUGGGUAGAGGCAGCUGAACAGUGCAGACGAUCACAUCCUCCCCGGGUCUUGCUGGAGAAGGGCGAAAUCUACACGGCAGAACUCCAUUAACAACUAGAUCAAAAUGGCCGAAGAAAUUGGCUACCUGAAAAAUGACCCGAACUUUGCCACUCGUGCUAUCCAUGAAGGCAAUGAGCCGGAGCAGUGGAACUCCAUGGCAGUUGUUCCUCCAAUUUCCAUGGCAACAACUUUCAAGCAGGAUGGCCCAGCAGAUUUUAAGGAAUUUGAGUAUGGUCGCUCCGGUAACCCAACAAGAAAUUGCCUGGAGAAAUGUCUAGCAGCAACAGAGGAAGCCAAACACUGUAUAACCUUUGCCUCUGGGUUGGCUGCGACAACCACCAUCACACACUUGCUGUCAGCCGGGGAUCACGUGAUUUCCAUGGAUGACCUGUAUGGAGGCACCAAUCGUUACUUCCGCCGUGUGGCUUCUAGAAUGGGUAUUGAAGUAACCUUUGUGGAUGCAACUGAUGUCAAGAAUGUUGCUGAUGCCUUUAAAGACAACACAAAGAUGGUCUGGAUUGAGACUCCCACCAACCCAACAUUGAAGCUUGUCGACAUUGCUGCUGUAGCUGCUCUUGUCAAACCACGAGAGAACACCUUCUUGGUUGUAGACAACACCUUUAUGUCGGCAUAUUUCCAACGCCCCAUCCUGUUUGGAGCUGAUCUUGUACUACACUCUUGCACAAAGUACAUGAAUGGACAUACUGAUGUUAUCAUGGGAGCUGUCUGUACAAACAGUGACGAUUUGCACGAGAGACUGCGGUUCCUCCAGAAUGCCAUUGGACCAGUUCCUUCUCCCUUCGAUUGCUACCUGUUGAACCGGUCUCUGAAGACCUUGGCUGUAAGGAUGGAGCAGCAUAUGAAGAAUGGCCUUGCUGUGGCCAAGUUCUUAGAGGGCCACCCAUGUGUUGAAAAGGUCAUUCAUCCUGGACUUCCAUCUCACCCUCAGCAUGAGAUUGCAAAGCGCCAGUGCUACGGUCACUCUGGUAUGCUGAGUUUUUAUAUUAAGGGGAACAAUUUGGAAACCUCAAAGAAAUUCUUCAAGCAACUGAAAGUCUUCACGCUGGCUGAAAGUCUUGGAGGUUUUGAGAGCCUUUGUGAAUUACCAUCUGUGAUGACCCAUGCGUCCGUGCCGAAGGAAGACAGAGACAAGUUGGGCAUUACUGAUGGCCUCAUUCGCCUUUCUUGUGGUCUUGAAGGAACUGACGACCUGAUUAAGGAUCUUGACCAGGCUCUGAAGGCAGUGGUUUAAUCCCAAGGUUGCAUCUGGAAGGAGAGAACAUUCACCUCCUCACUGAAGAUUUGCCUCAGUCGCUAGUGAAGAUAUAUUACCUUGACUAGAUACUGAAGUAAUUUCACAGCUGAGACUAACUAGGAUGUCUUUGUGCAGUCUUUAUAAUUCUGUUUUAUUCACUAACUGAAAAAAAAUCAUGCUUUUCUGUUAUUGGUUUAUAAUAAUUAUACUUUUUUUUCUAUAAUCUGUUUUUUUAUAAUGAAAGGUUUUAUCUUGAGUGAUCUGCACUGAUAUGCCAUUAAUUCUACAAAAAAAUCUUCAGUUGACUAAAAAGUAUUGAAUGAACAGUAUUUUCAGAUGUUUAGAGCUGUUUUUAGGAGUUCCCUUCAUAAGGGAGAAAUACAUAAUUGAAUCUAUCUACAGCUCUUUUUAUGGCCAAAUGAUUAGACUAUUUGGGAAUAUGGAAUUUUCAAUAUAGGUCAAAAUAAAUUGUACAAAAGGAUAUAAAUCUGUUGAUUUUGGAUAUCACAACUAUAUCACUAUAAUUUUUGAAUGGUAGGCACUUUUAGUAUAUAAAUUUGACUGCAAAGUAAUGUUAACAUAUACUGUUUUGUGACUCUCUGCAUAUGUUUACUGUAUGAAGUAAUGUUAAAGGGUGUAGUAAAGUGCAUUUUAACUUAACUUAAUUAUUGGAAGAAAAUUGAAUUGUUCAAACAUAAACAUCAACAUAGAUAUUACUUUUAUGAAUUUUAGUUUGGAAUGGAAUUAUUUUUUGAUGAAACUGCAUAUAAAGCAAAUAUUUGAGAAA